AUGGUUGAAAUACAAAAAGGUUCCGAGGAUCCCAAUAAACCUGAGAUCAAUGCUAAAAUUCCUACUCCACAUUAUCCGGAUCCGAAUGCUCCGAAGGUGGAAAAAGCUGCUGGUGGUUUUGCAAGUUUAAGCUCUGAAGUGGAUCCUACACCGCAUGCUUUUAUGACCGCUGUUUGUGCUGCUGGAGCCGGAUAUGCUUACCAAUACAUGAAACAACCGAGAACUGCUGCCGUCGCAGCUGGCGUUAGCGCCGCUUAUGCUGGUUCAACUUAUUUGCUCUAUCAUGGUCAACAUCAAAUGGGCUAUUGGGUCGCUUCUUUGGCAUCAAUUGGUCUUCUCGCAUUCACUGGUCCAAGAGCAUUCGCACAUAAGGAUCCUUUUAAUGUCUCCCUGGCAAGUUUGGCGGCGUUAAGCACCGUUGGUAAUACUUUGAAAACUUAUCAGCAACGAACUGGUCGACCACGGGAAUUCAUCAUGCACAAGUGA